ACUUCACUGUAGUCUCAGCAUCCGUCUCUCGCCCUUUAAAGCAGAGGAAUCGAGACUUCAGACAAGCGGAAUAAUGGUGUGGAUGAAUGAUCUGGGAUGUCUUCUCGUCCCGUUGCUGAUGCUCGCACGGGUUUCCGUGCAGGUGGACGUUAAGAGCGGGAAAGAACCGGAGAAGACGGAGAAUUUCAUGGAAGAUGAACAGUGGCUGUCCACCAUUUCCCAGUACAGUCGAAAGAUCAAGCACUGGAACCGCUUCAGAGAUGAAGUGGAGGACGAUUACAUCAGAUCAUGGGAUGAAAGUCAAGGCUCGAAUGAAAAUGUGGACACCACUAAAGAUCCCUGCCAGAAAGUCAAAUGCAGCCGAAAUAAGGUGUGUGUCGCCCAGGGCUACCAACGUGCUGUGUGCGUCAACCGCAGAAAGCUGGAGCACAGGUUGAAGCAGCAGGUCAUUAGACAGCAGCAGGAGAGUAACUGUAAGCCUUGCCCAGUAUCUUCCUCUGGUCCCGUUUGUGGCUCUGAUGGACACAACUAUGCCUCUCAGUGCAAACUGGAGCAGCAGGCUUGUCUCACAGGAAAGGAGUUGAAAGUAAGAUGUGCUGGUCUCUGCCCCUGUACUGCCACCGUGGCUCCUGCUACAGACGUGGACAGCAAACAAGAGAGUUGCACAGGGCAGGACCUGGCAGAUCUGGGAGAUCGCCUGCGGGACUGGUUCCAACUGCUCCAAGGCAACGGCAAGCAGAACAGCACGGGGAAUCCUGUAGCCAGUUCUGCAUCAAUUGUGGACCGAACUCUUGUUGCGACCUGUAAGGACUCUAUUGGCUGGAUGUUCUCUAAGCUGGACACGAACAGUGACCUGUAUCUGGAUCAAGCUGAGCUGUCUGCCAUUAAUCUGGACAAGUAUGAAGUGUGCAUACGGCCCUUCUUCAACUCCUGUGACUCCUACCACGAUGGCAAAGUCUCCACAGCCGAGUGGUGCCUCUGCUUUUGGAGAGAAAAGCCUCCCUGCCUGGCUGAGCUAGAGCGAAUCCAAGUGCAAGAAGGAGCCAAGAAGAAAUCAGAUACAUACAUUCCCAGCUGUGAUGAGGACGGCUUUUACAGGAGACUGCAGUGUGACAAGAGCAGAGGGGAGUGCUGGUGUGUGGACCAGCGUGGAGGAGAGUUAAUGGGCUCCAGAAUCCAUGGCAACCCCGACUGUGACGAGGUGGUCACGUACUCGGGCGAUUUUGGCAGCGGGCUCGGAUGGGAAGAUGAGGAGGAAGAGGAGGCGGAGGAGAACGGCGAGGAGGCUGAGGAGGAGGAAGGGGAGGUGGGGGAGGUAGAUGACGGCGGAUACAUUUGGUAGAACGAAACACGAUUCUCGCCUUGUCCGACGUAGCUUUCUGUGGCCCAUUUCUACAGAGGCAGCUCUAUCUUCUGACAUUAAACGGUGGACUCUGGAGGGUCUGUCAUCUUUAUACUGCACUCCAAACAGCAUUGACUUCGGGGGGAGGGUGGCUUGAUUAGUGUUCGCUGUAGUGAGAUUAAGGUAUUGGGAACGAGCUUUCAAUUAUUGAGCUUCUGAAUACUUGUGAAACAUAUUUUUGUUGUAAGUGCAAGAGUUUUCUCCUGAAUCAGUCUCUAGCAUCUGCAAACACGAGCUCAGAAUUAGGCACUUGAUGUGAUGCAUUCUUAUGCAAGUCUAAUAAAUACAUACUAUCAUCACUAUUCGUUCGGAAAUGCCAAAAUGAUACCUGUUAUGUCUAAAGCAAAUUUUUAAAGUAUGUAUAUAAAGAUAGACAGGCUGCAGGGUCUAACCUGUUUCAUUAGAUCUUCUGUCGACCAUCAGCAACUGCUUUCUUCGAGGAAUCGAGACUGCUGCUAAUGUUUUUGCUAUUAGAGUUUAUGUAAAUUGUUUAAAAUGUCCUCCAAAAGAUUUAGCGUAUAUAAACACAGAUUACUAUAAAGACAAAGAGACACAAAGUCAAAAAAACUCAGAGCUAAGUUAGCUUAGCUUAGCUUAGCUCAAAUAGCUAAGACUGUUACCCUGUUAUGUUCUGGCUGAAACAGUCUCUGCAUCAUUUCUUUGCUACCUUGAAGUAGAUAUAGUCGUAAAUGUCUUGAGAUAAAGUAGC